GGAAGAUGAGUGGUUGGAGGUGGAGUCACUCCACUGGGGGUUGCUUUGCUGACACACAGAGGCUGUGAUGUGACUUCACCAUCAAAGCAUUCAGCUCAAUGGGCUGCAAUUCAUUCAUGUUUUUUUGGCUCCAAGAUCUAAUCGUUUCAUUUUGGGGGUGUCUGGGCUGGUGCGCAGUGUGCUCGGUCGCGACAUGCAGGUGCGAUCCAUCAACACACGCCCGACCAUGUCCACCGGCGAGGCGGCGAACGUCUUCGCGGUGAAAGAGGCUGCGCGUGUUUGGGCCACCUCCGUCAGGGCUCGGCAAAAUCUCCCCGCGAGGUGGCUGAUUCCAGUGCUGGUGGCAGCGCCCACAUUGUACUCACGCAGGCAAAGGUCCCGUGGUCUUUCUCUUCCAACAGGUGUGUGCGCUUGUCGCUGCGCCCCUUCCGAUGCUAGGUCUAGCAAUGUGCUGAAUGAGGCAUCUGCCGAGGAGGAGUUCCUCCGGCUGAGUCAAGAAAUCAGCGAGGCCAUCGCCACGGACGAUGCGCCGCGGGCACAAAAAGCCCAACGGGAGCUCCGCCAGAUACAGCUGGAGAAGCCGUCCCUGGCCUGUCGGCAUCGGAUCCGGGAGAACUGCAUCUCUGCGUCCACCCUUUUGCGCUUAGGCGAUCGGGAGUCCAUCCGCGUGCGAGUGAAUGCGGUGAAGAAACUGGGGAGGUGGCUUCGAUGGCCGCAAGCUGCGAAAAAGAACUUGGUGCCGGUCUCCACCAUCGUGGAUGCCCUCCUUUGUGCACUGCGCUCUACACCGGAGGUUGCAUGGUCCGCCCAGUGUGCCCUGUUUCACGUGGUGCGCUGCCACCAGGCCGAAGCGCAGAACGUGAAGGAAGCCACGCGAGGCAAAAUCACUCGCUUGCUGCUGGAUGGGCAGACGAACUUCCCAUUGUGCCUGCCAGAGCUCAACGAACGAGCCGCCAAGGGCUAUGAAGCGGCCCUGCGGGUCUCCGUGGUCCGUUGCUUCUUCACCCAACUGCAAUCCUUGACGCUCAUCGACCCUGGCUACGGUGAGCAUUGGGAGACCCAAGACCAUCUGGCUCUGUUGGGCGGCUUUGCACAGCGCUUGGGCAAAAGCCUCUACAGCCUUCAGUCGCUGAAGGUCUUUGCUUUUGAGGACUGUGCCAUAAAGCUCAUCUUGCCCGCGCUCUGGAUGCCCAAGUUGAGGUCGCUGAAGAUGGUGGCGUGUUGCCAGCAGCGGCAAUCUCAAAAGGCCAUCCUGACGCUCAUCAACCGGAACCGAUCGCAGUUGGAGGAGCUGGAGUUGAACCUCUGGACUGAUCUCAUCGAGGCAGAGGAUCCCGUGCGGGAACUCGAGCUCCUCCCCGAGGUACGGCGCUUGUCGGUCCGCGUGCCUCUCCUUCCGGCGUGGCAGCACUUCGGGGACCUUUGCCCCUUGCUGGAGGAGCUCAAUUUCCUCUAUGACCAGGACGUGGCGCUCAAUGCGGCGGAGCCCCUGAUGGAUGUGGAGGAUCCCAGUGAGGAGGAGGAGAUCUUGGCACAUCGGACCAGGCACAUCUACAGAGAUGCUGUCCGUUUUGCUCAGGAUCUGCACCGGGGAGGUUUCCGGGAGCUGGCGGCCAGCUGCCCCAAGCUGCGAGUGAUCCGCUUCAAGAUGUGGGACAACUCCUUCGGCUACCACAGCGCCCCUGCGAAGGAGCAGGUUUGCAUCAGUUGGAGGCGAUCGGAUCACCCCAUCAGGCCCUUUGCCCGGAACGCAGAGGAGAACAACGCCACCCGGACCAUGUUGCAGGCACGUGCAGAGGUGGCACCGUUGCGGAGCUGGACGGAGGAGGAACUGGAGGAGGGCCGAGAUAUCACAGAGGAGGAUGCCCUGGCAGCAGCGGCACGGGUCAUGCUCCAGGUGAUCCGCUGCUUCGACGAUGCCAGCUUGGAAGCGGAGCUGGGGCUGCUAUAG